AUGACUAUAAAAUCAAACGAACCGUAGCAUAAUGUUUGUACUUUGCAUUUAGCAAAACGUAAACAAAAGUAGUUACUUACGCGUGCUUUUUAAUAGCUAGAUUAAGUCUAUUUAAUAUGGGAAAGAAAAAGGGCAAGAAGGGAAAGGCAGCUCGAAAUGCUCAAGCAGGACAGACAGGUAAUGAUAAAGAAGAGGAAAUCUACCUUAAAGCCCCACACUCCUUUGUGUUUCACAGAGGACAUGUAGGCAGAACGAUCAAAGACCUUGUUCUAGAUGUCAGGAAAAUCAUGGAGCCAUAUACAGCUUCUAGUCUAAGGGUCCGGAAGAAGAACGUGAUGAAGGACUUUUUGACAAUAGCAGGUCCUCUCCAUGUGACCCAUUUUAUUGUUUUUACUAAAACAGACAUAGCAACGUACAUGAAACUGAUCUGCAUACCUCGGGGUCCAACGCUGACAUUCAAAAUUAAUGAAUUCAGCUUGUCAAAGGAUACUUUAUCCUAUCAGAAACAUCCUGAUGUAGACUCCACUCUCUUUGUAAACCACGCUGUUCUGGUGACCAACAUCCCAUCAGAUUCAAUGGAGAAUAAGUUGAUGAAUGUGACAUUUAAAAACCUGUUCCCCUCAAUCAACCCAAACACAGUCAAGUUGAAUAACAUGAGAAGGGCAGUACUGGUCAAUUAUGACCCAGAGAGCAAGUCAGUUGAUAUUAGACACUAUUCCAUGAAAGUUGUCCCUACUGGUGUGAGCAAAGCUGUAAAAAAACUGAUGCGAACAAAAUUGCCAGAUCUUGGUCACCAUCAGGACAUUGCUGACCUUUUCCUGGAUAAAGGCUUGUCAGACAGCGAAGGUGAGCAAGAUGGACCUAAUAAUAUGGUCACCGUUCUCCAAAAUGUCAAAGACAGGGGAGUGACAAAAAAUGCUGUGAACGCGAUAAGAUUAAAAGAAAUAGGUCCCAGGCUGACUCUUCAGUUGGUUAAGAUUGAGGAGGGCUUCGAAGCUGGAAACAUCCUCUUUCAUUCCCUCAUAACCAAAACUCCAGAGGAACUGGAAGCCCUCAAACUAAUGCGGAAAAGCAAAGAAAAAGAAAAGUUGGCCAGGAAGCAGAAACAAGAGGCUAACAUAAAAAAAAAGCUAGAAGCCAAAGAGGAACACAUCAAAAAAUCCCUUGAGGGUAUGAAGAAGAAAAAAAAGCUGGAGGGUGAAACAGAGGAGACAGAAAAAGUCACCAACAGUGACAAAGAAAGUGUGGCUGAUUCAGAUGACGACACACAUUAUUACAAAGAGGAGGUUGGAGAGGCACCUGAUCCAGAAAUGUUUACACAAUCAAGGAAACGUAAACAGAGCAGAUCUGAUGGCCCCACAUCUGAUGGCCCCACUGCUAAACAGCCCAAACACAACACCAGCUCAAAGGCCACACACAAAACCAAGUCUACCAAUAAUAAGCAAUCAAAGUUUUCUCUAAAAAUUCAACAUAAUAGAAGAGAGAAAAAGAAAGGUUUUAGAGUUCAGAAGACGAAGAAAAUUAAUAAAAGAUAAUGAAAUGAA